AUGGUAUACUCGGAGCUCGAGAUGAGCAUGCUCCAGGCCAACCCGUCCGAUUGGAAUGAGCCCGAUAAGUUGGAUGAUAUUCGCCCCCGCCAAUACCAGGCGCGCGUGCAGAAUACCAACCGGGACGACAGCGACGACGACGAGGACGAGGAGGGGGUCGAGGAGUGGAAUCUCCGCCGGGUCUCCGCGCUCACGCUGGACAACCUGAGCGAGUACUUUGGGGAUCGUGUGUUGAUGCCGGUGUUGGUGGAGAUCGAUCGCAUGAUGCAGCCUAGCGAGCCUUGGAUGCAUAUCGAGGCCGCAGUGCUCGCGCUGGGCGCGAUUUGCGAUGGCUGCUUCGAUUCCCUCACGCCCUACCUGCCGUCCAUCUCGGACCGCCUGCUGGAGCUUCUCGAGGCCCCGGAUACGCAUUUCCUGGUGGUCAACAUCGCGCUUUGGACGGGAACCCAGAUCGGGCAGUAUCUUGUCCAUGAACCGCUCCGGUUGGAACGAUUCAUGCGAGCGGUCCUGAACAAGAUGCAAAGCCCCUCCAAGCUCACGCAGGAGAGUGCCACAAGCGCCUUAGCGACAAUGUCGGAGCUCUGCACGGAAGGGCAGUUGAAGGGUUUAGUAGGGGAUAUCGUGCUCAGCAUUGCGCAUUGCAUGCGAGGAUAUCAGCUUAAGAACCGGGUUUUACUUUUCGAAACACUCAAAACAUUCUGUGAGUGCACGGAGUACGCCCUCCGCGAGAAUUCCGCCGCCAUUCAACAACUCAUGUCGAUCCUUGGGGAGGCCUGGGCGGGCACUCCAAAUGAUAGUCCCUUGAUUCUUUCCUUUUUCCAAAGUAUGGCAAGUGUGUGCAGGGUGCUCGGUCCUCAGAUGCAGCCGAUGGCGGGCGAGAUUUUCGCCCGCGCGUACGGCAUUUUAGCGAUUCACAUGCAGAUGCGUUUAAGGGCCGCGGAAACGCAGACUGAGCCGCCGGAGCCGGAGUUUUUAAUCACCUCGGUGGAUUUGCUUUCCGGGCUUUUUGAUGCCCUCGGCUCCAGCAUGGAACCCCUUAUCUUGGAGCAGCAACCCGCCUUUAUGCAGGUGGUACAGCACCUUUUAAUGGACGAAAACCAUGAUAUUCGGCAAAGUGGCUUCGCGCUGAUCGGCGACAUUGCGAAGUCUUGCCCGACGCAAGUGCAGUCUAUAUUGGAUCCGGUAUGCCGUGCGGCGCUCGCAAAUCUUGAGGCAUUGAAUGAAUGCACGUACAGUAUUAUUAGCAAUGUCGCCUGGGCGCUGUGUAAUAUUCUUGAAAAUGAGCUUGACAUCAACAACCUCCCAACCCUCGCCAACUCCCCCACGUUAGCGCAUCUGUAUCUAAGCCUAGCGGAGAUCUUUUGCAGCCCGGAUAUCACCGCUGAUAUGCGCAACAUGAUGGAAAACAUCGCGCUUUGCCUGGGGAUGAUGCUUUAUGGGGACUCCGAUCUGGGCAUGAAUGCCAAAUUCCCGCUGGCGGCCAUCGCGAAGCGCUUUUGCGAGUAUGUGCGAAACAUCAAGCCGCUUCCACACCGAACCAUCGCCGCAAAUGGGUUUCUCCUUUCCGUGCAGCGUCAGGGCGUGCGGGUGCUCGUUCGAAAUCUAAAACCAUUUUUCGACUUAGUCUACGCCUUGACAACCGAGAUGGCUGAUACACAGCGCGCUAUUAAGUUGAUACUCUCACAACUAAAGGAAACGGAGCCGGCGGCUUGGCAACGCUGUCUGAACCUCUGCGAUCAAGUGACGCGUAUGAGUUUGUAUGAAAUUUAUGAAAUAGCAUAA